AUGGCUUCUCGAGCAAAGAUGCAGACCACACCAAUGGAUUCCUUCAUGAUGAGGAGGCCACGUCCGGAAUUUGUCCUGCGAGCAGCCUUGGCCUACGCAUGCACGCAGGUGGGCUCUGGACUCUUGGCCCUGGGCCCGGCCAUUGCCCACAGCGGCUGGGUGGGCGUGCCCGUUUUGGUGAUGUGUGGUCUUUGCUCAGCUUAUACCUCCUACCUGCUUGGUUGGACGAUCUUCCGGCUGCAGGUGCAUCCGUCUUCGGAGUCUGAGUCGGGGGACUCUUCGUCUGAAGAAUCGACGGAGGAGGAGUCGUCCUCCGAGAAGAUCGAGGCGACCGAGGUUGAGAUCAAUAGCUACGAUGAUGUCGGGGAACAAGCUUUGGGCAUGCCAGGGCGCGUGAUAUCUUUGGUGGUGCAGGCUCUGAUGUUGAUUGGGGUUUGCACCAUCUUCCUGGUUCUCACCGGGAUCAAUGCAGAGCAGCUGGAAGAGAUCUUCGGGCUCAAAUGGCUUGAGAAGCGACCCUUGAUUCUGUUGGCCGCACUCCUUGAGGUGACGCCUAGCGUGCUGAUGGCCACAGUGAAGGAGACGUUUUGCUUGACGGCGUUUGGUGCCUUUUGCUCUGCCGUGUGCUCGUUGGUCAUCCUCGCAUCUGCCUUCACUCAUGAUACGGCCAUCGACGACUGCCUGGAUGAUGGCCAAGAGAACAGCUGGCCUUUCUUCACAGACUUCAAAGGUUUGUCUUUGUCCUGGAACACGAUCGUGUUCUCCUUCGGUGGGAUCAACGUGCUGCCCACCUUGCUCUCGGACUUUCGGCAGCGUGGGGUCUUGGGUCGUGCAUUGGUGAGCUUCACUUGGCGCAGCUACCUCUUCAUCAUUUUCUUUUAUGCUUUGGUGGCCAUUUGCGGCUACAAAGCAGGAGGACUCGCCAUGGCAAGCCAAAAGGUCGAUUCCAAUGUCCUCAUUGGAUUGCAUGGCUGCAGCCCAUCACGAGGCGGAGGAUGGGAUUUGAUCGUUGCAUAUGCUGCAAUACUGAUGCACGUGCUUCUGGCAUUUCCAGUGCCGUUUCACGCGCUGGCUGAAACCAUUGAAGCUGCGCUUGGUAUCAGAGACCAGUUGGUUGAGUCGAGCCUUUGCGGGCGCGGCCUGUUGUUGCGUGUUCCGCGCUUCCUUGCACUAGGUCUUUGUGCCUUCCUGGCCUACAUCAUCCCGUUCUUUGGCGCCUUACUGAAUCUGGUGGCAGCCUUGGCUGGGCAGGCAUCGGUCUUCAUUUUGCCGGUGCUCUUCAGCUGGGCGGUGCAACGGCAGCAGGGGCACCGCAUCCGAGCCUACGAUUGGCUGCUGGGUGCUUUGUGCCUCUUGGUGGGCGUCGCAGGCGCCGUGUCCGGCAUAUAUUAUGGAUCCCAACAGUUGGCGUCGGCUCUUCGAACUGCUUGA